AUGGCACGAACACGCUCAAGCAAACAUCAGAUCGAGCAGAAAAAAGCACUGCCGGCCGUUUUGAGCGACGACGAUGUCUCCGAACACGAUGAGAGGCUGGCAACACCACCAUCCGCGUCCUUCCAGGGCAAACUGAAGAAAUACCAAUACGCAGAGACAGGGGCAGUGCAAGAUAACACGCCGUUAUCUGCAUCGCCAAUAGGAUCUAGAAAGCGCACUAGAACGACCGCGACGACAGCUGUUAAAAGUGUCCCCGAACUAUCAGCAAGACCGAAGAAGAAGCGGAAGCCUAGCAAAUAUGCCGACCCAUCCAAAUAUGCACAUCUAUCGCCAUUGGUCGACAUACUUGAGCCCAACCUAAUAUGUGUAUUCGUUGGCACGAAUCCAGGUGUUCAGACUGCUGCCGCCGGGCACGCAUAUGCGCAUCCCUCCAAUCUAUUUUGGAAAUUACUCCAUUCCUCAGGGCUUACCGACCGUCGACUGAAACCUGAAGAAGACCGGAGUCUCCCUGACCUGUAUUGCAUGGGCAAUACCAAUAUUGUCGAGAGACCCUCCAAAGACGCUGCCGAGCUCUCGAAAGAGGAAAUUGCGGCAGGCACCGCGAAACUCGAUGCCAAGUUCCUCAAAUACAAGCCAGAGGCUGUGUGCAUAGUAGGCAAGGGUAUUUGGGAGGCUAUAUGGCGGUAUCGUUAUGGCAAGAACCUUGGCAAGAAAGAUUUCAAGUAUGGAUGGCAAGAUGAAGAGCACAACAUGGGCAAAACCAAGGAUGGCGAAGAAGAGAAAGAUACUGACUGCAAUGUAUGGAAGGGGUCCAGGGUAUUUGUUACUACGAGUACGAGUGGAUUAGCGGCAAGUCUGAAGCCGGCCGAGAAAGAAGCCAUCUGGAAACCUUUUGGGGAGUGGGUGCAGAAGCGAAGGGCUGAACGAGGCUUCGUGCCUCGGUCUUUGGAAGCUCAGGGAGCUAGUGACGAGACACUAGAACCUUGA